AUUUUUCUCCGGUUGCAACGUACGAGCUCUUUUGUUUGUAAGAUAUAAUAGAAGAUGCAGAAAUCCUACCAUUUUGAAAGAAAAAAAUGACAUGGGGUGAACAUAUAGCUGCCAGUAAGCUGUUCUAUUAGCCCUGUUCAGGUUUUUUUUAGGGGAAUGACUAUUCGGCGCACUUUAUUUCGAAGCCAACAGUUACAUCUUGUUUUAUUAGCCUUGUACAGGGUAGAGUUAGAGCGCUGGCCACUUCCGCUGUAUGUAGGCCAGAAGUCAGAUCCGUUAUUUCACGUGCUUCUUUCUCCAGGUCUCCCCUUCCGGUGUCACCGAAGAUGGAAUCUACUGCAGUUAACUGUCAACUGGCUAGCAUUCUGCAUCGCAAGUUUCACAGAUGACUUUCAAGUCUGGAUGGCUCACGGAGUCACCGGUCUUAUAUAGACUACUGAUCCACUGAUCACAUCAGAUCAAACAUGGAUGCGAUCAGUACUUUAUUAUACAGCCAACCGAGUAGUUGUGCAGAGUAAUACUGAUCCAAUGUCCACAUGUAUAGAUCAAGAAUUUCAAGAAUGGAUAUGCAAGGAGCAGGCGACUAUAAAGACACACCGGAUGAAUCACAUCGAUCACAGAUUCAAACGCCUCAAUCCACAAUUACCAUUCCCCACGGCGCUCGUGCUGCUUCUUGUGUUGCGCGCAGCUCACCGUCCGUGGAGUCGCUGUCGUACCGCUACAGCUCCCCAGUGAGUUCUCCUUGCCUUCUUGUUCCCAGAGCCUGAUCAGUCGUCGGUCCAUUCCUCCACGAAACUGUCCAAGUAUGUGUGGUAGAAAAUAUGUGCAUCCUCUUGGCACUCUCAGUUCCACACUUCCCCUAGUCCUUGUCCUCUGCUCCCUUGUUCAUGCAUCUUCAUUAGGUGCUACGGCACUCCAAAAUGAUUCUAACACCGACCUCCAUGCUCUCCGCUGCCUCAAACUCCAUCUCACCAGCUCUGCUGGACUCCUAGCCUCCUGGGAAAAUGACUCGCUGCCGUUCUGCGGUUGGUCCGGUGUUACUUGCAGCAAGAGACACGCAUCUCGUGUCGUUGCACUGGACCUCGAGUCACUUGACCUCAGUGGACAGAUACCGUCUUGUGUAAGCAAUCUCACUUUCCUCAGGAGAAUCCACAUCCCAAACAAUCAACUUACUGGCCAAAUACCACCUGAACUUGGCCGUCUAAAUAGGCUGCGGUACCUUAACCUCAGCACAAAUCAUCUUAGUGGCACGAUCCCGAGCACUCUGUCUUCAUGCUUUCGCCUUCAAAUUAUUGAUCUUGGGAGUAACUCCCUUCAUGGUGAGAUCCCCCAAACCCUGAGCGGAUGUUCACAUAUCCAACAGCUCAACUUGGGUCACAACAUGCUUAGAGGAGGUAUCCCACAAGGGUUGGGGAUGCUCCGCAACCUUUCCGUUUUGGAUCUUGCUAGCAAUAGUCUGACGGGCAACAUUCCACUUUCACUUGGAAGCAGCUCUUAUCUUCAUUCUGUUGUUCUCACAAACAAUAGCCUCACAGGACCUAUCCCGCCUCAUCUAGCUAAUAGUUCAUCACUUCAACUUUUAUCCUUGACAAGAAAUAGCCUGGGUGGAGAGAUUCCUUCUGCGCUGUUUAACAGCACGUCACUUCAAAAGUUAUCCCUAGGACUGAACAAUUUUGUCGGGUCCAUACCAGCUUCGUCGAACAUUGAUUCACCCUUACAAUACCUUAUCUUGCAAUCAAAUAAUCUUUCUGGCACCAUACCUCCUUCUUUAGGGAAUUUUUCUUCCCUUCGCCGGCUCUCGCUAGCAGAUAAUAAUUUCCAAGGUAGAAUCCCGAUGAGUAUAGGCAAUAUUCCGUACCUGCAAGUACUAGAUCUCACUUAUAACUUCUUGUCAGGGACUGUCCCUGGCACUCUCUACAACAUGUCAGCACUUACAUACCUUGGCAUGGGUACAAACAUACUUGUAGGGGAAAUUCCAUAUAACAUCGGGUAUACCCUUCCAAAUAUCCAGACUUUGAUUAUGCAAGGAAACCAAUUCCAAGGCCAAAUCCCCACUUCACUAGCCAACACAACCAAUCUUCAGAUGAUCGACCUCCGAGAGAAUCAAUUCCAUGGUGUUGUUCCUUCUCUUGGAACUCUUACUGGUCUAGUCGAUCUAGAUCUAGGUGGGAAUCAACUUGAAGCAGGAGAUUGGUCUUUCUUAUCCUCAUUGAGCAAUUGCACACAACUGAUGAAGUUGCGUUUGGAUGAAAAUAACCUUCAGGGUGUCUUGCCCAAGUCCAUUGGAAGCCUUUCAAAAAGCUUAGGGUUACUGCUAUUGAGAUCAAAUAAAAUAUCUGGCAUUAUACCACACGAGAUACAGUACUUGACAAGCCUCGAACUUCUUUACAUGGACCAGAAUUUGCUUACUGGAUAUAUUCCCGAAUCACUUGGAAAUCUUCCAAACUUAUUUGUCUUAAGCUUGUUCAAGAACAAACUUUCCGGAUCAAUUCCGCUUUCUGUUGGUAAUCUGAGUCAACUGAGUGAGCUCUAUUUACAGGAAAAUAAUUUGAGUGGUCCUAUCCCAGGAGCUUUAGCAGGCUGCAAAAAGUUGGAACAACUGAACCUCUCUUGUAACAGCUUUGAUGGAAGAAUACCAAAGGAGCUCUUUACUCUUAUCUCCCUUUCCCAGUGUCUGGACUUGUCUCACAACCAACUCUCUGGACAGAUACCUCUGGAGAUUGGCAAUCUGAAAAAUCUUGGGCCACUAAAUAUUUCCCAUAAUCAAUUGUCUGGACAAAUACCCCCCACUCUAGGUCAGUGCGUCCAUUUGGAGUCCCUCCACAUGGAGUGUAACCUCUUUCAUGGGAAAAUCCCUCACUCCUUCAAAAGUUUGGGAGGAAUCAUUGAGAUGGAUCUAUCUCAAAACAACUUAUCUGGUGAAAUCCCUGACUUCUUUAAGUUCUUUAAGUCUAUGAAGCUUCUCAAUUUGUCCUUCAAUAACCUCGAGGGUCCAGUACCAUCAGAUGGGAUAUUUCAGAAUGGAAGCAAGGUUUUCAUUCAAGGGAACGUGAAGUUAUGUACCAGCAUUCCAUUGCUACAGCUGCCAUUUUGCAAUGCAGAGGCAUCCAAACAAAGGAAUGUAUCCAGCAUUUUCAAGAUAGUAGGAUUUACAGUUCUCUCCUUGGUCCUGUUAUCAUGCUUUGCAACCAUUAUUUUGAAGAAGAAAAAGAAACUCAAACAAGAAGCUCAUCCAUCCUGCAAAGAGUUGAAGAAGUUCACAUAUGCAAAUUUAGUGAGAGCAACAAAUGGUUUCUCACCAGAUAACUUGGUCGGUUCAGGAAAAUAUGGGUCUGUGUACAGAGGUAGAAUUGAAUCUGAAGAACAUGAAGUUGCCAUCAAAGUUUUCAAACUCAAUCAACUCGGAGCACCAAAAAGCUUCAUUGUUGAGUGUGAAGCAUUGAGAAAUACUCGUCACAGGAAUCUUAUAAGGGUGAUUACUGCAUGCUCAACGAUUGAUCCAACAGGACAUGAUUUCAAAGCUAUUGUUCUUGAAUAUAGUGUUAACGGCGACCUGGGAAGUUGGCUCCAUCCAACAGUCCAUGAGGAUGGUCAGAGAAGGCCAUUGAGUUUCGGUACAAGAAUAGUAAUAGCAGUGGACAUAGCUGCAGCUUUGGAUUACCUCCAUAACCAAUGUGUGCCUCCUAUGGCACACUGCGAUCUGAAGCCUAGCAAUGUCCUUUUGGAUGAUUUCAUGGGCGCACGUGUUGGCGAUUUCGGGUUGGCUAAGUUCCUGCAUAGUUACAAUUCUUCGGACAUUCAUACUUCUACAAGCUUAGUGGGGCCAAGAGGAUCAGUUGGAUACAUUGCCCCAGGUAAUAUUUUCUAAAUAGAAGAUGCUUUGUUUUUAAUUAAAAAGAAUGCAAGUUGUGUCAAUUGAUUGUUUGAAUGACUUAUGCAUACUGCAGAAUAUGGCUUUGGGAGCAAAAUCUCCACUGAGGGCGAUGUAUUUAGCUAUGGAGUCAUCAUCUUAGAAAUGCUAACAGGAAAGCGUCCAACUGAUGAGAUGUUUAAAGAUGGCCUGAGCCUUUACAAAUUUGUUGAAAAAUCAUUUCCUCAAAAGAUUGAGGAGAUUCUAGACCCUAGAAUAGUUCCAGGUUAUAGAAAUGAAGGUGAGGAUGCAGGCGGUGAUUUAGACCGGGAAGCUCAUCCAAUGGUUGCAAUGAACUGCAUCAUAAAGCUCAUUGAGCUUGGGUUGUUGUGCUCUGCGGAGACACCUAAAGAUCGGCCAACUAUACAGCACAUAUACAACGAAGUUAUCACAAUCAAAGAAUCAUUCUCAGCAUUGCAGAGCUGAGGAAAAGGAAAAUGCAUACGAUGCCUUGAAGAAGACUAGUUUACGUUUCCUGACUAAAAGUACUUCUUUUGUCCAAAAGGAAAAGUCUCUUGUUAUGCUUUUCCUAGCCUGCCCUUCCCCUGUAUCUUGUGAUUUUUCUUUUACUUUGCCGCACCGAACCGGCAACCCUACCUAUCUUAAUAUAAUGAAGCAGGCCAGCUGCCUGCAUUCGUCCAAUUUUUUUUUAUUUUAUUGUGUAUGCAAACUUGAACCAACCUAGCUAUAUGGGCUGGUUAACCUCCUAAUAUUCCUUAACCAGGUUGAAUCACAGCCUAAGGUCGUUUGGCAUGGCUGUGUUGACGGGGUGGAUUCAACUCAACGUGGCUUUGAUGGAUUUCCAAGUUUGUAUUGUACAAAAAACAUAACCUCAUUUUCACUGACC